UUAUAUAUUUGCUUUCCGCCCCACUAUCCAUUAUGCUCCAUGGGGGGAAUACAUAUGUCAUAAUAUGCAGGGAGAUGAUGCAGGUAUAUGUAAUGGUGUGUCUUCACACGAGACAAGCAUGUAAAAUAUGUAAUUAAUGCGUAGUAAAGGCGCUCUGGACGUUUAGACUGCUGCCAAAUAAUGCGAACAACAAUUUAGCUAGGUGGCGUUCAAUGCAUUACGUGUGUGCUAAAGUACGCGCUACUUCCAUAAUAGUAUUACAGACCCCGUUUGUAACGUUGUCUCACUCUGUUUGUUAUCUGAUAAGUUAAAUGUUGUUGAGGUCUUAUCAUUUUAAAGAAAUGCUGCAAUUCUGAAUGAAAAAUGGAAACUUGCUCACAGACUUUAUAGCAUAAUAAUCAUGCAUGCAUGAGCUACAUUUCCAUGUUUCUUCUUCACGUAACAACAAAGACCACCAAAAUAUCUGAAAUGCUUGUCUAUAUAUAAAGUGCGUUCUAUAUAACCGUAUAAAAAAUAAUGACACGCACUACAAACCAUGGUGAAACAUUCUCUUUAGUUGUACGUUGCCAUUGACCACCAUAGACGUCGUAUCCAUUUCAACUGGAAGGGCUGACAGUCACUGCCAUGUGUCAGACCUCCCAUUAAAAAUGGAUUGGACGUCUGUCUGACCGAAGGCUGCAGCUUUGCGAUUUGCAGAAUAUGGUAUAAACCAGAGGUGGCAGUUUUCCAGCUUUUUCGUAUCGUUGACAAAUAAUGAUGUUGUCAGAGACGGACCCACCUAAACCACAGGCUGAGAACCCCCCACCACCGGAGGUUACAAAUGUGAACAAAUUAGGCCGAAGGACCAACCAACUUCAGUUCAUGCAGAGUGUUGUGGUCAAAGCUGUGUGGAAGCACCAUUUUGCCUGGCCGUUUUACCAUCCUGUUGAUGCUGUGGCUCUUAACCUACCGGAUUAUCAUCGCAUAAUAACUAAUCCGAUGGAUUUGGGAACCAUAAAACAACGGCUCGAGAACAACUAUUAUUGGAGCGCCAGUGAAUGUUUGCAGGACUUCAACACUAUGUUCAGUAACUGCUACAUUUAUAACAAGCCUACAGAUGAUAUUGUGCUGAUGGCUCUCGCUUUAGAAAAGAUUUACUUGCAAAAAGUUGCACAAAUCCCUCAGAAGGAAGUGGAGCUUUUGCCUCAUACAGCCAAAGGGAAAGGCACAAAGAAACGUUCAGGUGAGCAGGAGAUUGUGACUACCUCUCUUUUGGAUACAUCACAGACAAAGCACAUUGGCUCCAGUUCACCUUCAAAUCCCACCAUGGUGUCACAGAAGAAAGGUCCGAAGAAGAAGAAGAGCAAUUCUGUCAUUGACACAACCAGGCUGAACAAGUCACCAAACAGCAAGAGAAGAUGGGAAAACCAAGACCGUUCCUCCCUCCUUUUUGCCAAAAAUAGUAGUAAAAAACAAUUGGCCCUUCAAGAUGGUGAGAUGAAGCAACUCCGAUAUUGUGAGGAAAUCUUGAAGGAAAUGCUCUCGAAGAAACAUGCAGCCUACGCGUGGCCUUUCUACAAACCUGUGGAUGUUGAAGCUUUGCAACUGCAUGACUAUCAUGACAUCAUCAAAUACCCAAUGGAUCUGAGAACUGUUAAGGAAAAAAUGAACAGAGGAGAAUAUCAGGAUGCUCAGAGAUUUGCUGCAGAUGUCAGGUUAAUUUUUUCCAACUGCUACAAAUACAACCCCCCGCACCACGAUGUUGUCGCCCAGGCCAGGAAGCUUCAGGCAAUGUUUGAGAAGAGAUUUGCAAACAUUCCAGAUGAGCCCAUAAGGAGCAUUUCACAGAUGACGUGCAGUCCAGUUCUUCGGGGGCUCAGCACUACAGUGUCCUCCACUUUGGACAAUUCUGUUGAAGCCACCCAACUAGCAGAGCUGCAACAGGAGCUUGAAGAUGUUCACAAACAGCUUACCAUGUUCUCUGAAGUCCCACAAAGACAGACCGAAAGCCAUAGUAAAGACAACACGGAAUGCCUUCAUGUUGACAGCUCUAGGAGGUCGUGGAAUGGAGGUGACGACUGUUCUGAAGAAUCUCUGCAAAUGACUUAUGAUGAGAAGCACCAACUGAGCCUUGACAUUAACAGACUGUCUAGUGUAAAGCUCGGCCAGGUAGUGCACAUCAUUCAGAAACGAGAACCAGCUAUGUGUGACACAAACCCAGACGAGAUCGAGAUCGACUUUGAGGUGCUAAAGCCGUCAACUCUGCGGGAACUACAGCAAUAUGUCCGCUCUUGUCUAUUAAAGAAGUUCAAAAACUUUCGCAAAAGUCAAGUUGGGUCUCAUCACAGCAGCAGCAGCUCCUCAGAUUCGGAUACCAGUGCCUUGGACGCCAGUUCAGAAAACGUUGACUUGUGACACAAAUAUUUUUUUAGUCUUUUGAGCGCUCCAUAUCACACGCUGUACAGUAUAUAUUGCUAUUUUGUUAUAUUUUAUUAAAUCUCUUUCACAUGCCUUCUCGCGCUCUUUUCUUCUCUUUUUUAUUAUUAUUAUUUUUAAAUAUAUUUAGUAUAUAUAAACAUUGAUAUUUGAGAAUGUGUCAUUGUUUCUAUCUGGU